UUCCAAUUUUUGGUCUUCAUACCCAGUUCCAUUUCAAACUUCCUUGACUUGCGUGUGUGUGCGCGUGUAACAGAGGUUCAGAGGGUCAGUGAAAGAGGCAGGUGGAGGCGUGGUCAUAUGAUUUCCAUUAUGACAGUACGUGGGCUGAGUAGACGCAAGUAGUCAGGCAGAGGAGACGUUGAGAAAAACAUCCACGUUACAAUCAUAUUUCAAUUUGAAAAAAAUCAACUGAAGCCAUAAGAUAAGGUGGUGUCAAAAUGGCUCGCAUCAGACGCUACUCCGAGGCCAUGACGCUGCCCGACUCUUUCAUCCAGCACCAGCAGCUUGACGCCAGCAUGGCCGACACCUUCCUGGAGCACCUGUGUCUUCUGGACAUCGACCAGGAGCCCAUCACGGCGCGCAACACCAACAUCGUGUGCACCAUCGGUCCUGCUUCCCGAUCCGUUCCCAAACUUCAGGAGAUGGUGAAAGCUGGGAUGAACAUCGCACGGUUAAAUUUCUCUCAUGGUUCCCACGAGUACCACGGCGAAACCAUCAAGAACAUCCGCGAGGCCGUGGAGACGAUCACGUCCGACCCGUUGUACUAUCGUCCCGUGGCCAUCGCUCUGGAUACCAAAGGACCAGAGAUCCGGACUGGAUUAGUGAACGGGAAAGUGGAGGAGGAGGUGAGGUUGGAAAAGGGCAGCCAUGUCCGCGUGGUGACGGCACAGAGUGACAAAGACUCCACAGAUGGGAAGACAAUCUGGGUGGACUACCCCAGCAUACCGCAGGUCCUGAAGAAGGGCGGCAAAAUCUACAUCGAUGACGGCCUCAUUGGACUGAAAGUUCUGGAAACGGGUCCUGACUGGGUAGAGACGGUGGUGGAGGCCGACGGCGUGCUGUGCAGCCGCAAAGGCGUCAACCUGCCCGACUGCGACCUGAUCGGCAUGCAGGCGGUCAGCGAGCGGGACGAAGCCGACUUGAAGUUCGGCGUGGCGCAGGGCGUGGAUAUAGUGUUCGCCAGCUUCAUCCGUUCGGCGCAGGACGUUCGGGACGUGAGGCGAGCCUUGGGGCCGCAAGGGAGACACAUCAAGGUGAUCAGCAAGGUGGAGAGUCGCCAAGGAGUCCAGAACAUUGAGGAGAUCUUGGUGGAAAGUGACGGCGUGAUGGUUGCCAGGGGUGACCUGGGCAUCGAGAUCCCCGCAGAAAAAGUCUUCAUCGCCCAGAAGAUGAUGAUUGGUCGCUGCAACUCGGCUGGAAAGCCUGUCAUCUGUGCCACGCAGAUGCUGGAGAGCAUGAUGGCCCACCCGCGGCCCACCCGAGCAGAGAGCAGCGACGUUGCCAACGCCGUGCUGGACGGAGCGGACUGCGUUAUGUUAUCUGGCGAGACCGCUAAGGGGCUGUUUCCUGUGAAGGCAGUGGCCAUGAUGCACUCGAUCUGCAGAGAGGCAGAGGCGGCCAUUUUCCACCAGCAGCUAUUUGAGGAGUUGCGCCGGCUGACUCCUCUCUCCUCGGACCCCACGGAGGUCACGGCCAUCGGAGCCGUGGAGUCGUCCUUCAAGUGUUGCGCCGGCGCCAUCAUAGUCCUCACCACUAGUGGCAGGUCAGCACACCUCCUGUCCAGGUAUCGGCCUCGCUGUCCAAUUAUUGCAGUCACCAGGAGCCCACAGGUGGCUCGUCAGUCACAGCUGCUCCGAGGAGUCUUUCCCGUCAUCUUCCACCCUCUGCCUGCGCCCGUCUGGGCCGACGAUGUCGACAACCGGGUCAACUUUGGCAUGGAUAUAGGGAAGGCGAGAGGAUUCUUCAAAGCGGGGGACAUGGUAAUAGUGGUGACCGGCUGGAUACCGGGGUCCGGUCACACCAACAUCAUGAGGGCCGUCCACGUCACAUAACCAUCGACAGCGCAACGAAAUACUUGCUGCAUUCAGUGAGCACCUGUUUAUCGUCGCUCUUUGAACUCUCUGAACAUUUCACAACAGUGUGACAGGUUGCUAACAUUUCCAUUCACACAUACAUUAUGUAACAUCUCUUUUAAUGGCAAUGACUAAAACAAUUAAAACUUGACCCAGUCAUAACGUAUUCUCUCCUCUUGUGUUGCUGAUGGGAUUGAAACUUCUCCCCUUUUGGCAGUCCACGCUCACAUUUUCAGUUACGUGUGAAUGAUAAAUAUGAAGACAGUUGCCGCCGCCGCCGCAUAUCAUUAUCGAUGCUCUUUACGGACUCGGCCUUUUUAUUCCAGUCACAUAGGCUUCCUCUCCGGUGGAGCAGUUCUUUUGUUUCAUUUUUACGAGUGCAGAUAGGAGAGAUGACUUGUGGUCUUUUGUCCACUGAGAUGACCCAGAUGCCCGCGACUGCACAAUGUUCCGUAAUAAAGUCGUUACACAGUCCUUUCAUUCACUCCUCCCUCAACUGGCUUCUCAGACAUUUAUAUGCGAGUCCGGGGACGUUUGGAUGGAUUGUACAUCUGUCAAAGACAUCUAAAACGGUGACGUAGUCGACCAUUAAAAAAAAAAAAAAAACGGUACGUGUUGUAACAAGGCCUAAUUUGACAUUGUAAUUAGUAUCAGAAAAUAUUGGGCCUUGUGAACGAAGACUAAAAAAAGCCACUUGAUCAGAUUGCUGCGAUGUCAUCACCCUGUAUUAUUCAUAGUGUAUUUCCAUAGCAGCUGAAAAUUGAUUUGACAUAUGCUGUGAUGUUUUUUGAUUUCUUUUGAUAGCUGUUUUUUUUUAUUUACACAUUUAUUGUUUUUUUUCUUAUUCACUGUGUGCAUCACACAGUUUAAGGAGACAUUCCUGUAUUCUGUAAUUCUUUUGCAGAUAGUGUUCCCAUACGUCACAGUAAAUAAGCUUAUUUUUCAAAUUUCACCAAAGAUAAAGAAUUACUAAAUACUGUAUUAAUAUUCACAUGUCACACUGUGGUUCAAAUCAAAGCGAUGGAGGAAAAGUGAGAAAUCCUGCCACUUUUUGUGCCAUUCUAGCAGACUUGUGGAGACAUACUUUUCAACGUCCAAACUGCAUAUGGUAAAUCGCAGUCUAAGUUACGCUCUCAGCAGUAUUUAGCUUGUUCUCUAACCUUCAAAAUGAUUGACGGUCAUCCCUGCAGAGACUAUUUCCAGCUCAUUGUAGACAAGAUAAAAGAGAAGAUGAUUUGGAACUGAACCCACACUACCUGUAAAAAAGUCCAAUAAAGAAACCACUAUACCACCAUGACCAAUUAAGAAGUCAAUUUUACGUAUUACGGUUCUACUGGGAUCUGCUCAUGCUGGUUCUGAUGAUGGGCAACCUGAUCGUACUGCCGGUGGGCAUCACAUUCUUCCGAGAUGAGAACACGCCAUCCUGGAUCAUUUUUAAUGUGGUGUCUG